UAGAGUCUUACUGGUAAAAUGACACGCAAGAUCUUUACUAACACUAGAGAGAGAUGGAGGCAGCAAAAUGUAAACAGCGCUUUUGCUGAGCUAAGAAAACUCAUCCCCACUCAUCCUCCAGAUAAAAAACUGAGCAAAAAUGAAACUCUCAGACUGGCUAUGAGAUACAUAAAUUUCCUCAUUGACAUCCUGGGGGAUCAAGGAAUAACAAAGGUUGGAGUAAAUUCUCCUGGAAAUAUUUUGGGCCUUUUCGAACCUGAGCCAGAGAUGUCAAACCUUAAAGAAUGGACUGUCGAUAACAGCAGCGAUUCAUCCCCUGGAACAAGCAGCGAUACCCAGGACUGUUGGUCAUUGGCUCCGUCACCAUAGCUCUUUUCCAGUGGGUUGAUGAUUACCCAUCAAUUACAUUUACUGUAUAUAUCUAUAUCUUUACCUAUUGUAGGUUUUGUUGUUAAUUAAGAAAACCUCUCAUUUUUCAAAAUAUCCUUCUCCUUGAAAAGAAAACUUUGAUUUGAAAUUCCGGUUAAGAGUGCAUUGCACUAUUGAUUAUGUACUCGUUAAAUUCCGAGAUACAUAUUAGAUUCUAAAAUUGGCAUGGUUACAGUAUCAUGUAUUUUCUUUAGGUAUGGUGCCGCUAGUCACUUUUACUGUAUGGUGUUGAACCUUUUGUUGUGAGCUCUAUGGAGCUUCAUAAUACUCUUUUCAAGGGUCUCAGCAAAAUCCUUCUAUCAUCACAAUCAAAUAUAAUGUUUAGGAUCCAAUACUAUAUCUACAAAGAGAAAGUUACUAUUGUCACUUAAUGUGAUUGUGACAUUAAAUAAGAAGUAGGCUUGUGAAAAAUUUAAUUUGGAGCAGUUCAUCCCAUUCAAAUUAUUUCUAAUCCACAAUCGAACAAAUCAAUGCAUCCGGGAUUUACCUGUGGAGUCUUAUUCAAUAAAUAAGUGUGGGUCAAAAGAAAUUAAAUUUUUAAUUAAUCACUCCAAACACAAUUUUGCACAAGACUAAAAGAGAUAUAUAUAUGUUUAUCUGAUGGGACAAAUGUUGGCAUCCAUUUAGCAAAACUCUUCUAUUGAAUGUAGUUGUUAAAAUCUUGUAACAUAGUUGAUAUCAUUUGGGGAUAAACUAAUGAGACGUGAGUGGAGAAUAGCUAUCUUGUAAAAAGUAAGCCAGAUGUCUGAUUUGGAGAAAAUAUCCAUUUCAUGGUAAAGUAGAAAUAUUUUCUUCAACUAUGUAGAAUGAAUAAAGUCCCUAUGUUAACAGCUAGGAAAUUAAAAAUAUACAUUUUCCAAAAGUAAAAUAUCAGUGUGUGUUAUCUUAUCUUUUAAUACAUUUAAUGGUUUGAGUAUAUUAGAAAAACAAAGGAAAUUCUCCAUAUUUAUAUUGUGUAUAAUAUAAUACUGUUGCAAUGUUGUUGUUUUUAUAGCACUUACUGGCAAAAAAACACUCCGAAGAAUUCAUUAAGCGUGUAACGUGUAAGAACAACAACAAUAUGCAAUAGAAUACAUGUAUAUAUAUUUUUAUUUAUUAAUUAUAAAAUCAGGAUUAUUUCUGACAUUGGCUUUUAUGCAUUUUUAAGUGGCUUUUUUUGUAUUUUAAUAAAAAGUUUGAGCAGAAACAGAUCACCAAGGCAAAUAUAACCAGAUUUAAAAUUAAUACAUUCAUUUCUACUACUUUUUCUAUGGAUAUAAAGUCUAAAAAAUUUUUUUUUAAAUUGCCAUCGGUCGUGACGACUGAUUUAAAUUUAGAAAUAAUCUGUCACUCAAAUGGUUAAUUGAGAUAAAAAUCCCAAAACAUUAUUCCAUCCAUUUCAUAGUGCUCCAGCUACAAAGUAACAAAGCACAUUUUUUCUAUUUACACUCAAGGCUUUUCCUUAAAACAUAAAUGGCCAAUGAAAAAAAUGUAUAAGACUGUUAAAAUAUUAUAAUGGGUUAAAAUAAUAUAGCGCCAUCUGGAUACAAGUCUGUGCUUAUUAUUUAUGACCCUUUUACUUUGAAAAGGAUUAUUUUCAUUUUCAGUAAUAUUUAUUGAACAUUUUCACAUUUUUGACCUUUUAAGGUUUAUCGUUGCUGACAAAGCCAGUUAAUGUGUAUUUUAUUUCUAUUCAUAUUUAUUAAAUUGAGGUGUUGUUGAUUGGUAAUUUAUAGCUGUGUUUGAUUUACAAGUGUGCAUAGUUAUUAGCUGCACUUACCAAAGAGUUUUUUUCGGAGUCUUGAAGUUUGUUAUCUGAAUCUACUUGUAUUUAUUUGUUAAUAUAUUUAAAUAAAUUAUUAAAUUAUG